AUGGGAACGGUGCUUUCCAUAUCUCCAACAUCUAAGAAGGAGGCUAUUCUGGAUGACAGAAAAGAGGGUGACCACACAAUCAAAACGGGGAGCGUAAAGAACAAUUCCCUGCUUGUCCCAGUUCUCACAUUGAAGAAACUGUUUACCACAUCGACCAAGAAAAAUAGUUGUAAGAAAGUCAACCCAAACGCCGCACAGGUGAACAACAACAGCCACGUAGACCAGCAAAAUAAUGAAAAUAACAAAAAAUCCCAGCAAUCGAGUACGGAUGGUAAGAAAGCACCACUCGCUGUACCAGUACCGGCCGUUCCUACCCAAAGCCUUGAACCUAACCAGCCCCAGGUCCCCUCUGAGAAUGUGAAGCUUUUGCCUGUCCAAAAGCAACCUAGUAAAGUAGACCUCUCGCCGAGGCGUGUGAUUAUCCAGGCAUCGACCGGGGAGCUGUUGCGCUGUCUUGGCGAAUUUAUGUGCAGGAGAUGCUGUAAAGUCAAGCUCACCUACAGUGAGGUCAUCCUAUGGUUCCGAAAUGUCGACCGAACCCUUCUCCUCCAAGGCUGGCAGGACCAGGGAUUCAUUACACCUGCUAACUUAGUCUUCGUCUACCUGCUCUGUAAGGAAUCGAUACCCGAUGAUAUCGACAGCGCAUCCGAACUCCAAGGUAUCUUCCUGCUCUGUCUCUAUCUAUCCUACUCGUACAUGGGCUGCGAGAUAUCAUACCCUCUGAAACCAUUCAUGAUUAUGGAAAAUGAGGAUAAUUUCUGGGAUUGUUCUAUGAGCAUCAUCAAUAACACGAGUGCCAAAAUGUUGCAGUUAAAUGCAGACCCGCACUUUUUCACGGAGGUGUUUCAAGAGCUAAAAGAUGAAGGCGAGUCGAGGGACAAAGACUUGGACCGUUAA